GCGGUACCGGCCGCUGGUGGCCUGAUGGCUAAUGCUGGAAUAAGAGGCGGCUGCGGUGGCCGCCAGCUGGCGGCUUCGCGAGCAUGUCCCCGGCGGGAGGUGCCCCGCGGCUGGUGCUGGUGUUCAGCGGGAAGAGGAAAUCCGGGAAGGACUUCGUGACCGACGCGCUGCAGAGCAGACUUGGAGCUGACGUCUGUGCCAUCCUGCGGCUCUCAGGUCCACUCAAGGAACAGUAUGCCAAGGAUCACGACUUGAACUUCCAGAAACUCCUGGAUGCCUCCACCUACAAGGAGAGCUACCGGCAGGACAUGAUCCGCUGGGGCGAGGAGAAGCGUCAGGCUGACCCCGGCUUCUUCUGCAGGAAGGUGGUGGAGGGCGUCUCCCAGCCCGUGUGGCUGGUGAGCGAUGCCCGGAGGAUGUCGGACGUCCAGUGGUUCCAGGAGGCCUACGGGCCGCUGAUGCAGACGGUACGCGUGGUGGCGGAGGAGAAGAGCCGGCGGCAGCGAGGCUGGGUGUUCACGCCAGGGGUGGACGAUGCCGAGUCUGAAUGUGGCCUGGACAACUUUGGGGCCUUCGACUGGGUCAUUGAGAACCACGGGGACGCACAGCACCUGGAGGAACAGUUGAGGCUCUUGACGGAAUUUGCCCAGCGAAUGGUGGCAGGGUCCUAGGAGCCGUGGGACAGCAGGAUCGAUGGUGGAGGCCGGCCAGUGGGGCGCCAUGGGGGGGGGGGCUCGCCUGCAGAUGCCAUUGCUCAAGCGGACUGGACUGCAGGGCUGGCCCAUGCGUGAACAUGACUGUCCUUGCCCCGGCGGAGGCGGCAGUGGACUGGCUGGGCCCGAGGGACCCUCCCCAUUCUGGGUCCCUCUCUGGCUGCUUCUGGCACCUGUUCUGGCCAGGAGCGCAGUUUCCGAGUGGGCACUAAUAAACCCGGGCACACGUGCGGA